CUGUCUCCAAAGGCUUCACUUCUGCUUCCUUUUUCUUCCCAAUCCUCUUUUGCCCAAUUCAGUCCAACACCUAUCUAUCAGUCAUGGUGUCCCCCUCAUCUUCCCUCCAACUUUUCUGAAUCACUCUUCAGUCACUUGCACGGUUCCAUCUCUCAAAACGAAGAACGGUAAAUCAAUAUGCUAAAGAUUACUUUUUUUUAAUCAACAGUAGUCUGAAAGCAGUCAUCCUCUCUCUCUCUCGCUUUCCCUUCUCCCAACCUCGCCUCCCCCAAUCUAAUCCUAUUAACUGGUAAAAAUUCCAGUCGAAACUCAUCAAAGCUUCCUCCUUUCUCCAUCCAAAUCCCAAAAACUGCAGCUUUUCUUCUUUUUCACCAUCAUGGAUCCCAAGAGUUCUUCCAAUAUUCCACCGGAGCAACCAAAGUUUCUCCUAAACCCAGAUAAAAGGGAUCCCUCAAGAGAUAGCAGAGACCUCCAACCCCUCGUUCCCUCCACUUCUUCCUUAGCUGAGAGAGAGCCUACCAGUGCGGUGGAUAAAGACGAGCAAAGGAAGCAGCUUGCUCCCAAGCGAAGCUCCAACAAGGAUCGGCACACUAAAGUCGAAGGCCGCGGGCGUUCCGCCCGCCGCCCCCCUUCGGCUCUAGCCGCAGCACCUUCUUCCAUUUCUCAUAACAAAUUCAACGAGCCCCCUUCUUCCGCCAUGGCAGCCUCUUCAAGGCCUAAUUGGGUUACUGGCCUCUGGCCGCCGCCGCUUGGCAGUUUCGCGGGCACCGGAUUCCUACCCCAGACGAGCAAUCUGGGCGGCGAAGGGUCUGCUGGAGGGUUUAUGCAGAGGAUUGGGUUACCAGGGCUGGAGCUGCCAGGUUCCGGGCUAGGUCAGAUGAGCUUUGCUUCAAUGUUGGGUGGCCAUGGGCAGCAGAUGCCUGGGCUUGAGCUCGGACUCUCUCAAGAUGGACAUAUUGGAGUAUUGAAUCCCCAAGUUUUGAGCCAGUUUUAUCAGCAGAUGGGGCAAGGAAGAGGAGGAGGAGGGGGAGGAGGAGGAGGAGGAGGAGGGAGUGAGCAGUUACAGCAUCGUCUUCAUCAACAUCAACAGACUCAUCUGAACCAGGAGAAAGAUGAUUCUGAAGGUUCGAGUCAGUAGAUGAGAGUGAUGGUUACAAAAAAGUUCUUUUUUUGAAGAAAAUUUGAGGUUAAAAUUGGAAACUAAUGCUAUUCUGAGUGUUAUGCUGUAAUGAUUUUGGAGGAAAGAAAGGCUGGAUGAUGAUUAUUUCUCCUUUGUUAGCGGUUUCACAUUCGGGUGUAGAUUGAACUAUGCUGAAGGAUUGGGUUGGAGGUAUAUAUAUAUUUAUAUUUGUUUACUCUGAGGUUUGUAGAUAUAGAGUUUGAGCCAUCUUCUAUUACUAUUAUUUUGGUUUUUUGAUCUGGUUGGAUUUGGAAUUUUCUUG